CGCAAUCCAAGUGCUGGACGACAGGACUUUAGAGGGUAACUGCAAUCACAAAAGUCUCAAAAUCAUACUGGCUGCCAACGUGUUCGGUGUUUUUGUUUUAUUUAUUUAACUUUGGCGUAGUCAUGUUGGCACGCCGAUGUUCCCAAGGCUACUUUCUGCUUUAUGCAUUUUAAUGUUUCCUAAUAUAGACAAAGGAUUUCACAGAGCUUUCACCGUGCUUUUGCAAGAUGCGCACAUGUGCUGGCAGAGAAAGACUGCAACCUAAAGCCCCACAAGGCCUGGCCUGUCUCUUGGAUGAAUCUUCUCUUUAUAACCGUCUGAAAUGCCUUGACCUAACUGCCACCAUAAAAUGGCAGGAUUAGUCUCCUUUGUGGGUUUGCUGGCAAUGGUCAAGACCCACAUGGAUGCCCGUGGCCCUGGCGCAGUGGUUCUGGGGAUGAUCCUGUUGAUAAACAUGAUAGCAGCGGACUCACCUGUUGCAGAUGAGUCUCUGUCAGCCUCUGCACACCAUACUAAUGGAUUUCUUGAAGAUUUAAGUCCAACAAGGCCAUCGCUAUCGCCCUCGCCACCCUUUUUCACUACUGCCUUGGAGAAGGAAAAAAACAUGCCUGGCAUGCAACAACUCAUUCCUCAACCCCGCCAUGAAUCCUUCACUCUAGGUGACUUUGGUGCAAAAGACUCACAGCCUCUUCCUACUCCAGCACUGCAUCCAUCUCAACUUGUUCUGGGAUCCUUUCCACAAUUAGAAGAAUCCAAACUUUCAAGAGCCUGGAAAGUGGCUCAGAUAAAUUCUGCCAAACAAACAGUUCUUUUGCAAACGCCUUCAAUAUCUCAAAUGCAAUUGCAGUUAAAUUCAUCAAGGCCUCCUGCUUUUGAAAGGUCUACAGUGCCACCGCUUAGUUUUACAAAAGAAGAAGCUCAAGUUGUUCGAGGCAGUGAGUCAGAAAAAACACUUAGAACAGUGACCUUACUAGCCAGUGAACCAGGUGAUCCACUGGAUUUCAGUGAUAUUCCAUCAGACGAAGCUUACAUUUUAGAUCAUGUCUCUACAAAGGCUCCAAGUACAAUAAAGCAUGGGAACGAUGUUCGCACAAGUGGUUCCUCAAUGCCAGAGAAUAAACAAGUGAACAUUCUCGCCAAUCCACAUGAGAUUUUAUCCCCAAGCUACCAUGUGCCUUUCAUCGGCCCUUAUCUCAUUUCCUCAUCAUCUGAACCGACCGAUGCUCCACCAGAGGACCUCUACCCCACAAAUAGCAUGGACUUCGACUGGGGAAGUGGAGAUUAUUUGGAGACGAUAGCAUUCAGUCCAGAGGAAGAGGACUACACUCUGGCCACCAAGGUUCCCGACAUUUACGAUCAAGAGGAGAAUAGAGAACAUUACGAUACAGCCUUUCCCUCCAGGGUGGGAACAUCCCUUUCGUCCUUGCGUCAUCUUCAUACCCUGCCGUCUUCAAGCCCGAUGAACAUCUACUCAACACAUUUACUUCUAACAUCAAUAGAACCCUCAUAUACUUCCCCAGUUCACCCCACAAGAGAUUACGUACAAGAGCUUACUCCCACAAUUAUCAGUGAGACAUUAGAAGCAUCAGACAACAUAGACUGGUUGGAUACUUACACUAUUCAACCAACCGAUGCCUUAUUACCUGACAUGAACAGUUUGGAGUAUUACACCACACAGCUGACUAAAGGGAAAUCUGGUUCAGGGAGUGAAGCUGAACAAAGAGGGUAUGUCACUGUGCUCCCGAUCAGUUCUUCAGACAUCACCCCCACCACCAGCAUCACCCGUGAUGUAAAACUGACUGAGAAUGACUCCAAAAGUGAUUUUUCAGGCUCUGAACCUCACAGUGAAACAACUAUCAUAAGAACAACAGAGAUAUUCAAUAGUUCCAAGCCUUUUCUAUACCAUUCCAUCGUCACAACACCCUUUCUUGAUGCCCCCUCCUCCUUAUGGGCCACUCACAAGUCAACUGCAGAUGGGUUUGCAGGUACUCAUACUGUUGGCCUGCACAGCUCUGUAGUUACACUGCCUAGCCCUACAGAUUUUUUGCCAGAUGCUGGAAUGUCUUCCUUCACUCUGACUGAUGUCCAGUGGUUUGUCACAGAGGUCUUCCCACUAAGUACUACACUGCACCCUACUUCAGUUUUCACUGCAACGACAGCUUUCUCCGAUGGUCCUACAGGAAAUCCUUCAUCUGAACAAAUGUUCAAUAUCAGUUCAGUCUCAUCCAAUGGCUCUCUGGCCCCCCCUGUUAUGUUGGGUGAUCAAGGAGUGACAAAAGAUGAAUUUGACAACCCAGCCACAAUGACCUUGAUCCCAACCAACAGUGAAGCUAAUACCAUCUCACCCAUAGCCACAUCUCCAAGUGCCAGCACAAGUUCUCAUCAAACUGUCAACGUUAUCCCUGUCACGGAUGGUGAGUGGCAGACUACAACGCUGACAUCCAGACGGUACCUCUGCAACCUUGAGAAGUCUGAGUAUUUAAUUAAAAUAGGUUUCCCAUCAGGGACCAAAGAUGAAGAUGCCACAUCUCGGAUUGGAGAAAUCCUUAAGCAGGAAUUCAACAAAUCAUUUGAGUUACAGGUUAUAGAGCCACCACCAAAGUUUGUAUUUCGGGUCGUAUCCGAUCCAGUUGUGUACACAGCCAUAUCUGUCAUCAACGCCUUGCGAAGUUCAGGACGCCACUUCCUAUUUAUUUUGCCCGACUGGAUGACACAAGUUAAUAAAUAUCAAGUACACACAGUGUUGCAGUUUGUUCCAGGUCACAUUGAUGUACGGUUUUGCAACUUCAGUGAGCGCAUUGAGCGAGGUUUGACAAUGGCCUUUGCAGAAGUGCGCCAGCGCUCCAAGGCAUCAACCAAUUUCACAGUGCAUAUGAUCAACAUUACCAUGGCAGUUCCUAAAAAUCAGCAACAACUGAGGAAGUAUCCAGUGGAUAUCACCUUCAUUGUGCACAGCCCCCAGGGUUAUCUCAUGGGAUCAGAGGUUAGCAUUGCUCUCAUGAAGCUCACUAAGGUGGAAUUCAGCUAUUACAUGGGCUUCCCUGUCCUGCAGAUUGCCGAGCCAUUUCAUUAUCCAAAGUUAAACACAAGCCAGUCCCUUCGCUCCUCCUGGGUGAGAACAGUUCUCUUGGGAGUGCUGGACAGUGAAGUGGGCCAGAGGACCUUUCAAGCGAACAUCGAGCGCAGGGUGGCCAUGCUGCUUGGGGAAGCCAUGGGAUUAGUCAGACGUGUCAAGAGAGCCACCAACGUUGGCAACAGUAGCGUUCAGGUUGUGAGCAUGAACCGACCUGUAGGUGUGGACCAUCCCCUGGAAGUUGUGUAUUUUGUGGAGCGUCCUGAUGGCCAGAGGGUCCCUGCUGUUGAAAUGGCCAACAUUCUCAACAGCUUGGAUGUCCAAAAGGCCGCCAUCAUCUUGGGCUAUCGUGUUGAGGGUGUUUUAGCACAACCUGUAGAGAAGGUGCCAUUGUCAUCUUCUGACACUGAGAACCCCAAAAUCUGGAUCAUCAUCGGAGUGGUGAUUCCUCUACUGGUGGCCAUUGUCAUUAUUGCCAUCCUCUACUGGAAAUUGUGCCGGUCAGACAAGUUGGAGUUCCAGCCAGAUGCCAUGACGUCCAUCCAGCAGAGACAGAAGUUACAGGCCCCCAGUGUGAAAGGCUUUGACUUUGCUAAGCUGCAUCUCGGCCAGCAGAAUAGAGAUGAUGUCAUGGUGGUCCAAGAAUCCAUCCCAGCGGGGCCUCUGCCCACCUCAGAUAAGGAAGGCCCCAGUUCUUCCCAGAAUGGGGAUGUCCCCACCCCCAAAUCCAAAAACUCUGCCUCCUCCACCAGAGCAUCCCGCAGCUUUCGAAGACGAGAGAGGAUCUCCCCGUCAGACGGCGAUUCCAUGGUGAGUGACCGCUCCAGUGGGCGCGAGUCAACUGAGGAGAACCAGAGAGCCCAGGCCACACCCAGUGACAGCAAGCAGACAAGUAAGAUCCCCAUCAAUGUUUUAAAUGGCAAAAAUAGAAUUGGUCCGCCUCCUACAAAUGGUCUCAAUGAACAGAUGUCAUCCGCUUCCAUAUUUGAACAUGUUGAUCGGAUGUCACGGGCCACAGAUGUAAGCCGAAGACUCCCCAACAAAGUGCAGCUAAUUGCCAUGCAGCCCAUGACGGUCCCACCCCUGAACAGCCACCCUGGUUCUGGCAAAUUGCCCGAUACCAACAAGGAGAUCCAAGUAGCAAUGAGGCAGAAAUCGGAGAUUGAGCAUCAUCGAAACAAGAUCCGCCUGCGUGCCAAGAGGAAGGGCCACUAUGACUUUCCUGCAAUGAAUGACAUAGACCUUGUGGACCCCAAAGACCAGGAUCACAUUUACCAUAAAGCACAGCUGCAAAUGGAUAAGAUUUUAGAUCAAAAUGUGCAGGUUCCCUCAGUCUUCAAGGAACCCCCCAAAAAGUUGGUUGCUCGAGGGAGGCGCUCUCCCAAACAGAGGAUGAAGGGGCAGUCAAAUGGAGGCAUGACAGAUGCAGACAAAGAUCACCUCAUCACCGAAGACACUGACGCUGUUUGUAGGAAGUGUCCUGGGGUCAACAAUGUGGCUUAUGUGUCGGAUCCUGACCAAGCCCCAGGGUUGACCCACAGAAGCCCGUCACCCACCACAGAUGAGGUCUUCCUAGGUCCCGCUUCCUCACCUCCUGGACAUGCCCCUGCCCCGCCCACUUACAUGCCUCCACAGCCUUCCAUCGAAGAGGCGCGGCAGCAAAUGCAUUCGCUGCUGGAUGACGCCUUUGCCCUUGUGUCACCCACUUCCCAGGGCAGUUCCGCUGGAGUGACUCUGCCAGGGGUCAAUGCCAAUACGUCUGACUCCAGUCCUGCGGGCCGUGGCCCCCGACCUUGGGGCCCAUCCUUUCCAGGUUUUGGCCCCUACACUGGUAGAUUCGGCGACCUGAGUGUGUCUCCCCCUCUGGUUCAAGGCUUAAUGCCAAGGCAGGAUCGUGGUCUGACUUACCUUCCCCCAGAAGAGGCACCAGGGCCCGGGGAGCAACUCCAGCUCAACAAUUUUUACUCCAGCAGGGGACUCUACGCAGAUGAGCUGCCUACAUCGGCUCGGCCGCGGCCAGUAGGGAGCACUGCAGGCGCCCACCUUCAUCAACUUACACAGGUUGGCUUGUCCAGCCGUAUGAAUGGUUAUCCCGCCGGGGUCAGAGGCUAUCCAGGACAGAAUGGAGGAAUCAGCUGGAACAACUACCACGAGGACAUUUAUUGCAGAGCACUACCAGAUAACAGUGCAAUUCCCAGAAGUGUCCUCAGGGAGCCGUCAGCUCCUCCCGCCCACUUGGAAGUUGGGGCGGGUUACCCGUCAGCUCCACUCUCACUGGAUGCGAGCCCUCCCACCCAGUCAUCCGCCUCCUUGAUCAAGGCCAUCCGUGAGGAACUUUUGCGCCUGUCGCAGAAACAGAGUUACCAUAGCUGAGGGAGCUCUGACCCCACCUGCUAAUGUGACAAUGCUUCCUGUGGAAGCCCACCGAGAAGCAAAGCAGAGAGAUUGUCCUGCUACACGUCAUUAUUGAGGUGGCUAAUUCAUGUUUCUGGAUGCUCUUUUGGAGAUUUGAAAUUAGCCAGGGGGUGUUUUGAGAAUGAAAUCACCUCCAGUAUGUCACUAUGGGACAGUGUUAUUUACAUGACGAACAGUAUGAGAUCCGGCAUUCACAUCCACAUUAGAUUUAGGUAUUCAGUGUGAUGAUUUUCAUGCACACAUCGUUUUCAAGAACUGGUUAACCUCCAUCUCAUCUGAGCCAUGCUUUGCCUUCAUACUUUGUAGACGUUGAUCUGGCUCCAAAGUGAGGUAACAGUUCACAGCCAGCGAAUCGGUCCAGUCUCAAAGGAGUCUAUAAUACUUUACACACCAUCAACCCAUGAUGCUACCUAUUUCGCUUACCUGACGCAGAAUUAGUCAGAGCUGUUACUCCUGGACCUUUUUGGGCUAUUUGCAUUCGAGUCCUUCAAGUUUUGUAUGUUUUAGUAAUUGUGAUUAGAGAUGUGAAGCUUUGAAAUGCCUUGAAAUCAUCCAUUUUCAAAUGUAGAUCAAACGGAAGAAAAUAUAUUUACUUGGCAACACGUCAUACAUGUGCUCAGUGCUUGGCUUGUGUUUUGCUGCACUGAAUGAAAAUUAGACUACUUGGUAACGCUCAGGUCUGGUGGAUUUAUUAAAAAAAAAAAAAAGAAAGAAAGAAGAAAACAGGAAAAUAGCGGUUGAUUGCGGCUGCUGAAGGUUACACAGACCUGCAAUGCGUUUAUUAAAUCACCAUCUUUAUUUCAUGCAGUAUUUGAUUUUUUUGAUGGCUUUUAAACACAGGGUACUGUAUUUAUAAUUCAUGUCUUGCUUAUGUGCUUGUAAGGAUUUUUAAAAAAAUUGGCCUUGCCUUGUUUUCUGUGCACCAUAAACAGGUUGGAAUACUGGUUUAUUUCCCUUACACAUCAAGAUUAUGUCGGACCUGAAAUUUUAUUCUAUUUAAAUAAAGCAAAACAGUAAAAAGUG